AUGGACGGGGCCUUUCAGUGUCGGUCACCAAUACUAAGCACAACUCCCUCGCUCCCUAGCAUACCACGACCUGCGUCAAUUAACCUUAAGUCAGAACGAAGCUUUGGAAGCGGUAGAUACUCAAACAGCAGUGGCAUGAAACUUCCAAACAGUGCAAAAAUGCGGAAAAAAAUAUCAAAAGAACAACAUUCUCGUAGUAAUUCCAAAAACAGCGAUAGGAACAGCCCUUGUUCUGCGUUGUCAAAGACAUCAGCAGAAAUUCGUAGGACGGCGUGGAUGACAGGAAAGGUUUUAGGCGAUGACGUGUACGAGGAAAAGAAGGAACGACUUUUAAGAACGUCUAAAUUAAAGAAGGAUCUGGAAGUAUAUUUUAAUGUUGAAACUCCAAGUCGAUUAGCAAAAAGGACUUGGGUAGAGAGUGAUGAUGACGAAUACGAUACAGACCUCGAUACUGAUUUAGGUAUGGAGCUGAUAAUUGAUGAGAGGACGAAGCAGAUUAAGGAUGACGGUGACUUCCCUGAAUAUAAAAACCUGUGCCGAAAGCUUAAAACAGUACCGAACAACUACUUUAUACGGCACUCUGUGGACGACGAGCUGACUAUGCGACACCGCUACCUCAGUGCGAAGGACUGUCAGGCCAUUGGCUGGGAGGUGGAGAACCACUUGACAUUUAAGAAAGUAGACCUCGAAGACAAUGGAUUGGGUCCCAAACAGAUGAUUGCUCUGGCUGAGAUGCUGCUGAAGAAUAAAUAUGUCACGGAAGUGAAUCUUUCUAACAACCCUAUGGGUAGUUUUGGAUCACAUAUCUCAAAGAUCAUUUUACUCAAUAACUCACAUAUCGUCAAGGUCGACUUAACAGGUAAUGAUUUCGGCAUACAAGGAGGUGAAAACUUUGCUGAAGUUAUAGAGACAAAUGUCUACCUGAAGGAGAUACGACUAGGAAAAAACAAGAUCGAAGAUGCUGGGGCUAUAGCAAUAGGACGUGCUCUAGAGGCUAACGUCACACUAGAAUACUUGGACCUCAGCUGGAAUAAGAUUGGGAAACAAGGGGCUGCCAAGAUAGCAACGGGUAUCAAGGUUAACUCCACACUAAAGACAUUGAUUCUUUCAAUGAAUGGCCUUGGAAAUUCUGGGUGCCAGGUCAUGAUGGAGGGUCUACGUGGAAACGAGGCUCUAACUACCCUUGACCUUAGUGCAAAUCGAAUCACCGAUGCCGCUGUGGAUUACAUCAUUAGAGUGCUUCCUUACCACAAAUCUCUCACGUCACUCAAGUUAUCUCACAAUCAACUGUCUGCUGAGGGAGCAUUUAAGAUACUCAAACCGUUGACCUCCAAGUUCAGGAAAAAACUCAGCUACCUUGAGUUGGAUGGAACGGAUGUGAACUCUGACCUAAUGGAAGUCAUAGAAAAUUUGAACGCGAGGCGAGGAUUGGUUAUUUCUAUCAAGCGGCCUCCAUCUCGUCGAUCUAAAACCCUGGAUCAGUUGACUCGAGUAUUGUCAGCAAUAUGUAGAUUUUUGAUAAAGGAAGGUCUUGAUAUCAAAACAGUGUUUCCAGAUCUGGAGAAGGAAAGGGAGGAGAGUUAUACCACUUACGAUAUUAUAGAGAUAAUACGGAACUGUGGAGAGGAAUUCAAUCGGACACAGGUGACAGAGCUGAGAAAAAUUUGCAAGGAGUUACGCCAUAGAACUUUGCUGUUGAAAGAGUUUGAACAUGUAUACGAUCUAGUACUGACAGGAAGGGACCCGACGGCAGAAGAUCCGUUACGCACCCCGUUUGCUGGAAAGCGCCGUGGAGGACAAUUGGUCAGUUUGCCUCGCCGUGACCCAAAUGAGCCCGGUCAACUGACUCUGGAUAGUGUGAUCCCGGGGGUCCGAUUUCAGUAA